CUUUAUUGUUGUUUGUGUGUGUGUGUGAUCUUUUGUUUGACAUAUAACCUGGCCAAGGUUUUUUUUUCAUUUAAACUUUUUUUUUUAAAUUUUCUUUUUUCUAUUUUUCAUUAUAAAACAAAAAUAUUUUUUCGGUUUUUAAAUCAUCAUCAUAAUGGAUAAUCGACGAAUAUCAAUUUAUCUUCCAAUUAAUAAUAAUCAUAAUAAUGAUGAUGAGGAAAAUAAUUUUCUUCAAUCAUUACCAUCGAAAAUCAAUCAUGAAAAUAUGGAUUUUGAUGAUGAUAAUUAUGAUGAUGUUGAUGUUGUUGUUAAUGAUGAUGAUGGUCAUGAUCAACAAGAAUUUCAUUCCAAUAUUGAAUUUGUAUUUGGUAAUAAUAAAGAAAAUAAUGCAUUCAAAUUACCGCCAAGACUUGCUGCUCGAUUAUUGGGCAAUAAAAAAACCAAAUCAUUACAUAAUGGAAAAAUUUUACCAAAUAUUGCUGAUAAUGAUGUUUUAGUUGAAGAUAAUGAUGAAAUUGAUCGACGACAAACAAUGCUUAUUCGUACCAACAAAAAUAAGCAUGACAACAUUGAAACAGCGUCUGUUUCUUCACUCGAUUCAAUUAGUGAUGAUAUUUCAACCAAAUCGAUGCCAAUGUAUCCGGACGAUUCGCGUUAUGUUACUUGGAUCAAUUCAGUAUUGACUACCAGUUUUAUGAUUGAAAAUAUUACCGUUGAUACGGCUCGAAUAAUCAACGAUUGUGUUAUCAGUGAAUCAGCAAAUUAUAAAGGUUCAACCAAUUUGAAAAUUAAUCAAGCCCCUGUGUUCAAAGAUGGAAUAACAUCAAUUGCUUAUCGUGAACAACAAUUAAUGGAUAAAUUACGACAAAAAGCGGCCAAAUUUUUUCAAUGUGAUCAAAUCACAAAUGCUAAAGAUGCUUUGCUCGAAGAUAUUAAAUUGGCUCGUUUUUUUAUCCGUAAAGAUCGAUCUAUUCAUAUGGAUGUUGGUUCAAAAAAACAUAUACUGGAAGUUCUAUUGAAUUAUAAUCCAUUAUGGCUGAAAAUAGCGCUUGAAACCAUAUUCAAUGAAAGAAUCAAUGAUCAUUCAAAAAAUGAAGUUCGUACACUUGUACAAUUCUUGACCGAACAUUUACUUUCGUUCAAAAAAAUAGCCAAACGAAAGAAUAAAAAUCUAACCACAUAUUUUAUGAAUGAAAAUAAUGUCAAAACGGCUAAAGAACAUAUACUUUACCAUUAUAUUAUGAUUGUACAUUUUUUAGAUGUAGCCAAACGUAAUCGAUUAAUUGAUCAUGAUCCUUGCCUGUUUCGAAACAUUGCUGUUUGUAAAUCAUCACGAGAUAUUAUUAUUUCAUUUAGUCGUGAAUAUAUAACUGGUGUUGGUGAUAUAACCAAAAGUUUACGAAAUGUCGGCAUUCAUCUUGAACAUGUUCAACAACCGAUUGAAGAAUUUAAUUUCACUGCCAGUAUACUUAGUAAAGAUCUUAGAUGUGGUCUUCGAUUGGCAAGAAUUUUAGAAACCAUUUUUCAACGUAACGAUAUAUUACCAAGUCUUUUUUAUCCUUCGAAUAAUACUACAAGAAAAUUGCAUAACAUGGAAAUAGUAUUUGGAAUGUUACGAAAGACAGGUAUUGAUCUUAAUUGUAAUGGACAGAUGAUUUCACCGAGAGAUAUUUGUCUUGGAAAUCGUAACAAAACCAUUUGUCUAUUGGAUCGUUUAAUGGAAAUUUUCGAACUUCGUCAACGUGAAAUUGAAUACCAAAGAUCGAUUGAUAAAAUAAUUAAGAUUCAACGAUUUUUUCGACGAUGGUUUGCUACUCAACAAGAACGUAGUCUUUUUCUGCGAAAAAAAGCUGCUGUUAUCAUUCUUCAACAAGUAUUUCGUUCAUAUCGCUUGACUCGUUAUUAUCGAAAAGAAUUUUUGAAUAAAAAACAAGCUUCGGUUACAAUUCAACGAUACUGGCGCGGAUAUCAUGAUCAAAAACUUUAUCAAACAAAACGUAAAAUGACUAUAUUGGUACAACGUCGAUUCCGUGCCAAUCAAGAAAUGAAAAAAUGUUGUAAACAAUUUCAACUGCAGCGUCAAAGUGUUAUCGCGAUUCAGCGUGCAUUCCGAUCAUAUCGCUUGACUCAAGAAUGUCGUCAAAGUUUUUUGAGUAAAAAACAAGCUUCUAUUACGAUUCAACGAUAUUGGCGCGGAUAUCAUGAACGCAACCUUUAUCAAACAAAACGUAAAAUGACUAUAAUGGUACAACGUCGAUUCCGGGCCAAUCAGGAAAUGAAAAGAUGCCUUAAACAAUUUCAACUGCAACGUCAAAGUGUAAUCAUGAUUCAACGAACUUUCAGAUCGUAUAUUGAAACUCGUGAUUAUCGUCGACAGUUCGUAAUGAUGCGACAGUCGUCAAUUGUACUUCAACGAUAUUGGCGUGGUUAUUAUCAACGAAAAUGCUUCCUUAAGUUAAAACAAAAUAUCAUAUUUAUUCAGAAUCGAUUCCGAGCUAAUCAACUUAUGAAAUUGAAUUAUCGAUAUUUCCAACAAUUGAAAACUGCUACAAUUUUUGUACAGAAAAGAUUUCGUCAAAAUCGACAGUACAAAAUUGAUUACAAUGAUUAUCAAUUAAAACGAAAUUCGACCAUCAUAAUACAAAAUUGGUUUCGUAAUUGUAAACAUCAGAAAUUAUACAAAAAUUGGCAAACCAUUGUCAGAAAUGCCGUUGAACAAGACAAACAAAAACGAAAAAAUGCAGCGAUCAUCAUUCAGAAAAUCUGGCGUGGUCAUCGUGUUCGUCGAGAAUUAAUGGAUGAAUUUCAAUUGAUUCGUGAUCGAUUAGAUUAUGCCAAUCAAACAGCAACCGAAAAUAAGAAAUUGAUCAACAUUAUUGAAAAAUCUAUUGAUCGAUUCCGUACUGCUGUUAAUAUUGAAUCGGUUCGAAGAGAAUUGGAAACAUUAGAAAUGGCAACAACAUAUUCAACUGAAAUUUGUCAAAUAAUUGCACAUACAGAAUGGUUUGUUCAUACAUUAAUCAAUUCGUUUGAUCUUUUCAAUCGUAGUGAACCGCACAAAAAAUUAAUCGGACACAUUCUUGGCAUCCUAAUGAAUCUAUUAAUUCGAGCAAAUUCUAAAUUCCUUUACAAUGAAAUUGUUCUACAGGUUAUGAUUCGUUUAUUACGAAAUUUUCCUCGUUCCGAAUCUAUUCUAUUUCGAUCAUUAUACAUUUUAAAUGUUUUAUUACAAAAUCGACAAAUUUUUCAUUGUUACAAACGAAACAAACAUUGGAUUCAGGUUCUCGAAGCUAUUGUAAAAAAGAAUGAUCCAAAAAUACAAGCAUCAAAAACAAGAUCCGUUUCCCAGUUACGAACCAAAAGAUUUUCAUCAUUAUUAUUAUCGAAUCCCGUGGAUAAAUAUACAUUAUCUAUGAUAUGCUCGGAUUUAUCGAAAAUAAUUCUCUAAUUUAUGUAAAAAAAUG